AUGAUAUGCGAGGAACUGGUCCGGUUUCACAAAUUUCUUCAGCUAACAGCAGAGGCAUCACUGGAGUGGUCGUCGAUGAAGGCAUCCCGUGAGAUUGGUGUGACCGCUAUCUCCAACAUGUUAUUACUGAACUAUGUGGCUCCUCUAGAAAGAAGCAACGUUGUGGCUAAAAUCUGCAGUAUCCUAGAGUUUGUCUGUUUUCUUGGCCGAGGUAGUUUUGGUUCGGUCGCUCUCAUAAGAGACUCCAAACAAAGGUUACACGCUGAGAAAUCAUCUCCGAUAGCUUACAUGGAGAGUCUCAAGAAAGAGCAUAGGAUCAUGCUUCGUUUCCGUAACCAUCCACGCAUCGUCCAAACCACAAACCCUAAUCUUCACAUAGGUAUCAACCUCGACCAUUGUUACAUGUACAUGGAGUUUGCCUCCAAAGGUACUCUCCACAACUUCAUCUCCAGCUUCAGUGGCCAACCAAUGCCUGAGGAUAUGAUCAGACGUGCUGCACUCAUGAUCCUUCAAGGACUCGAGGCUCUUCACUCUCGGGGCUACGUUCACUGCGACCUCAAGCCGGCUAACGUUCUCCUCUUCCCUUCCAAGAUUGUCGGAGAGCCGUGGGAUCUCAAUCUUGCUGACUUCGGUCUAUCUAAGGAGCCUUCUUGUACGAAUCCAAGGUCCUUGUCUGGCGGUACAAAGGAGUACAUGCCCCCUGAGUCUUUAAGACCCAACCGAGUGAAGAUGAUUGGACCGGGUGUUGACAUGUGGUCUCUAGGGUGUGUUGUGCUUCAGAUGUUUGGAGGCCGUCCAGUGAAGAUGGGAGAAUGUUGCUACAAGUGGAGGCUUCCGAGACUAGUAUCUCCGCUGGCCAACGACUUCUUGAGGCGGUGCAUGGCGUUGCAUCCCUCACGCAGAGCCACCGCAGCGGAUCUGCUGAAACAUCCUUUUGUUUGCACCAAGGCUACAUCAUAUGCUUCAGUACUAUCCCCUUCCUGUCAUAAGUGA